GGCGCUGUGGAUUCAAGAAGACGCCCCCGCGCCUGCGCCUGCGCUCCCGCCCCCACCCGCUGCCUGAAGAAGGUCAGGACGUUGUCACUUCCGGCGGACAGCUCACUGCGUCCGGGUUAGCUGCUGCUGCCGCCGCCGAGCUACUGCUGCGGCUGGGGGACCGGGCAGGAGUCUUUACGGCAGACCGAGGGGAGCGGGCUCCACUCGGCGCCGCCUUCUGCGACCUGGCAGUCAGCCCGACGUCGCCGGCCUGGAGGGACACAGAGGACGAGGGGGCCAAGGCUUCCUCCGGGGACACUGGCUCUCUGGAUUACCAGGAGUUUGUAGUUGACAUUGAGUCUAAGCUGAGGAUGGAAGGUGUGGAACUUAAAGAAGAAUGGCAAGAUGAAGACUUUCCAAUACCUUUACCAGAAGAUGAUAGUAUUGAAGCAGAUAUACUAGCUAUAACUGGACCAGACAGCCAGCCUGGUUCACUAGAGAUUGAUGGAAAUAAAGUGAGAAAGAAACUAAUGGCUCCAGAUAUCAGCCUGACACUGGAUCCUAGUGAUGGCUCUGUUUUGUCAGAUGAUUUAGAUGAAAGUGGGGAGAUUGACUUAGACGGCUUAGACACACCCUCAGAGAACAGUAAUGAGUUUGAGUGGGAAGAUGAUCUUCCAAAACCCAAAACUACUGAGUUAAUUAGGAAAGGCUCAAUUACUGAAUACACAGCAGCAGAGGAAAAAGAAGAUGGACGACGCUGGCGUAUGUUCAGGAUUGGAGAACAGGACCACAGGGUUGAUAUGAAAGCAAUUGAACCCUAUAAAAAAGUUAUCAGCCAUGGAGGUUAUUAUGGGGAUGGACUGAACGCCAUUGUUGUAUUUGCUGUUUGUUUUAUGCCUGAAAGUGGUCAGCCUAACUAUAGAUACCUGAUGGACAAUCUCUUUAAAUAUGUUAUUGGCACUUUGGAGUUAUUAGUAGCAGAAAACUACAUGAUAGUUUAUUUAAAUGGUGCAACAACUCGAAGAAAAAUGCCCAGCCUGGGAUGGCUCAGGAAAUGUUAUCAGCAAAUUGAUAGAAGGUUACGAAAAAAUCUAAAAUCUCUAAUCAUUGUACAUCCCUCUUGGUUUAUCAGAACACUUCUGGCUGUUACCAGACCAUUUAUUAGCUCAAAAUUCAGCCAAAAAAUUAGAUACGUCUUUAAUUUGGCAGAACUAGCGGAACUGGUCCCCAUGGAAUAUGUUGGCAUACCAGAAUGCAUAAAACAAGUUGAUCAAGAGCUUAAUGGAAAACAAGAUGAACCGAAAAAUGAACAGUAAGUUUGGCAUCUAGUCCAAACCAGACUGAAGAAUGUGCUGAUGAAGCAAGGCUUUUUUUGCAUUUAUAAUGCAUUUAUUGCCCCAUAUUUUUUAUGUAAUCUGUUACAAAAUUGACUUGACUUCUCCUUAAUGGACUUUUGUACAAGGGACUGUUCACUGCUGUAUUAUUGGUUUGCAAGUUAUCUUGAAUUUAGUUCUUUAAUAGCUAACUACAUGAUAAUCAUUUUAUAUUUUAUAGUGCUACAUAGCAGAGAACCACACUUUAUAUAAAGCAGUUUUUGCAUUUGUUUAUUGAAUGAUGCAUCAUCUUCAGUAAAAAUAUUUAUAUGCAUAAAUGGUAAAGGAAAGAAAUAAUAUAUUUUUAUGUUUUUGAGCAAUAUUUUUUAAUGUGUUCCUGUCUUGUGGAAGAAUGUGCAGGUAAAUCAGACCAUGAUUUUGUAAAAAUGUGUUUUAGAAUUUUUGUUUUUGUAAAUGGUUAAAUACAUUUCCUGGGUAACUUAGAAACUUAAGUUGCUCGUAAGGCAAGGGACAGUUAAACUGAUUCCCAUAAAUACCCAAAGAUCAUGUAUAUAAUCUAAGUAGGUUAGUACUGUCACAAGCUUCUUUCUCACUUAUGUAUUAACUCAGAAGUGCAUUGCACACUUUUUCCUUUUUAAACUUAAAGAUAAGUCAAAAAGCCAUUUUUAGAACUAGAGAAUUGAAGACGGUAGAAAUUGGGGGGUAUAUAUAUGUAUAUAUGAGACAUUUUAUCUUCUGGCCCAAAGUCAGAACUUGUAUAAAAAUCUUGAGUUUGUUCACUAAUGUGAAAUAAGCUGUGUGUCCAGGGUAUUGCUCCCCUGAAUGCAAGUGCUCUGUAGUAUUGCAGAGAAUGUGAUGAGUUCUUUACUGUCACAACUUUGUAGCAAACAGGGGCUGCUUUAUAAACUGUUCUCACUGUGGGCACUUUACCAAAAUACUUCCGUAUUUGUUAUUUGAACUCAAUAGUUGUUUGACCUGGUCAGAUAGGGUAUGUUUUCAAGUUUCUAUGGAAUACUGUUUCACAGUACUUCAAAUUAGGUUAAUUUUGUAAGUCUUUACAUCAUUAUAUUGUGCUGUUUUGGAUGAUACAUGAUAUAAACGUAUAAACUCUUUGUUUCAUUUGUUAAAUACCUUUACAUUUAAAUAAACUGUAUUUGUGUGUCCCCACAAAAUCAUUCUAAAACAACAGAUUGGUGUAAUAUUAUGUUACAUACGUGAGAGAUUUUUAUACAUUUAGUGAACUUAAUGCCCUUCACAUUUGAGUGUCACAUUACAGUCCUUUCUGCAAGGCAUUUUACGAAAGAGUGGCAAAAUUGAAGUAGACGUGAGCUAAGCUUAUAAGAAUAUUUCGUAUCAUAGGCCAAAAAUACACAUGGCUUUUGCCAUUUUUUAGUAGGUUUCUGUUGCAAAAGAGAAUUUUCCUUGACUUUUGUCCUCGGUCAUAAACUCAGUGUGCUAGCUCCAUAAUCCAAUUAUGGGAGAUGCUGAAGGUUUCCUCAGCAGCCUCCUGACGACCUGGAUCCGGCAACUCUAGGCAGAUCCUGCACUGAUUGCAUUAUUAUGAAGUAAGCCAAAUCCAUUAUUGCUUACAUCUUAGAAACACUUUGUGUCAAAGAAACAAACUAAUGAUAACAAUUUAGGCAUUCUUUCUGAAUUUACUGUAUGAGGAUUUUUAAAUAGGUAGUUUUCCACCAUAUGCUUGGUUCUUCAGUUUGAAAAAUAUGAAGAAUAAUUUCAGCUUUUUGUGUGUGUUUAUUGGUUUUGUCAUUGGUCCUAAUUACAGAUACAACUUGUUGCAAAAGUGAUAUUUUUGUACGUAUCUUUUUCAGGUGGAAGUAGUCUAUAUUCUUUUAAACAUUAAAAUUCACAGGAACAGGGAUAACACUUGGGAUGUGCUAUGAAUCUAGAUUAAAAGCAUAUCUGCUUUAACCUACAGCUAAGUGGAAUCGGGUAUGGGGAUGUGCCCAACAGUAAAUGUUCUGUAACUGUGACAGUUAGGGUCAUAACCAGUAGGUUAGAGGAAAAGCACUUAGGUUUAUUUGUAAUUUGUAGCUGUGCAACAUUUUCCCAUAUUAUUUAACUCUAAUUUUCCAUUACUGAUUGAGGUGAAGCUACAUACAUUUGUACUAUUUUAUCUUCCUGCUGGGGUCAUGGAUCUGACUUAACUGGUUUAAUUUGAUGCUUCUGUCAUUUUUUGUUACACAUAGAUUUGAGUGCCCCUUUUUACUCAGAGUUUUUCAUAUGAAGUAUGUGAUUCUGUAUUCUGCUUGAUCAUAUUUCUAAGCAAAG